GCUGAAUGCAGCAUCUACGCUUUCACUGGAGCUGCAGCAGAUACGAUUGAUUCUUACAAUUGAAAAUCCGUUCAUUUUGAUCCAAAACGAUAUCUUCUAGUUUAUUACAAUUUUACCUGUGGUGAAACGCUUCAGUCCUCCACUGCAGCAGACGAUCUUCAUGAUGUCAUCGUAUUAUCAUACGGGGAAAGAUGUGGACAUGGCGGCGAUGACGGAACCGCUCUGCUUGGAAAGAGAUGUUUGCAGGGUGAUAGAACUGUUGGACAGGCUUCAAAGAAGCGGUGAGCUUCCUCCUCCAAAACUUCAGGCUCUACAGAGAGUUCUACAGAGCAAGUUCUGUGCUGCCAUCAGAGAGGUCUACGAGCAGCUUUAUGAUACGUUGGACAUUAUAGGUGGGCCCGAGGUCCGAGCACAAGCCACUGCCAAGGCCACAGUAGCAGCGUUCGCAGCCAGUGAAGGCCAUGCACACCCAAGAGUGGUUGAACUCCCUAAAACAGACGAGGGGCUCGGGUUCAACAUAAUGGGGGGAAAAGAACAAAACUCUCCCAUCUACAUCUCCAGGGUCAUCCCAGGAGGUGUUGCUGACCGACAGGGUGGUCUGAAGAGAGGAGAUCAGCUGCUCUCUGUUAAUGGAGUGAGUGUGGAGGGAGAACACCAUGAGAAAGCUGUAGAGCUGCUAAAGGCAGCUCAGGGUUCAGUGAAGCUGGUGGUGCGUUACACCCCUAAAGUCCUAGAAGAGAUGGAAGCCAGGUUUGAGAAGAUGAGAAGUGCCAGGAGACGCCAGCAACAUACCAGCUACUCGUCUUUGGAGUCCAGGGGUUAACCAGUCUUAACUUCUGACUGCCCUGCUGAUCCAUUCUCCCACCCUUUCUGCUCCUGUAGGAUGACAGAAGACGCUGGGGAGAUCAGUGUAGACUACCCUUAGAUAUUUAUGUUAGUGGAACGAUCUCAAAACAUGUAGACCUCAAAUAUACUAUUUUCCCUGGCCAUGCAGAGGGAGAGACUGCAUAGUGCAUUUGGUCUGUCUUGAGUCUGAUUUUCUAUUGUAUUCUUAUGUGGAACCUGCACCCUGUGAUAUGCUCUGUGUGUGUGUGUGUGUGUGUGUGUGUGUGUCUGUUAGCACAGAAGAGAGUUUUAACAAUUGCCUAGAGGGUGCAAAUAGCACACAGUAUGUGUACU